CUGAAAAAUUCCUUGAAGGUGUGGAAGUAAAUCAAAACUAUGCAGUCCUGCUGCUUCAUCUGAUUGAUAAGGACACUGUCGAUCUAACCAUUCGAAUAGCAGGAGCUGUGGCUUUUAAAAAUUAUAUUAAAAGGAAUUGGCCUGUGGAGGAGGAUGGAGCUGACAACAUUCAUGCAACAGACCGUGCUGCAAUAAAGAGUCUUAUAGUUUCAUUAAUGCUGAAGUCACCAGAAGCUGUUCAGCGACAAUUUAGUGAUGCGGUUUCAAUAAUUGGAAAAUACGAUUUUCCUGAAAAAUGGCCUGGUCUCAUUUCAGAAAUGGUUGAAAAGUUUGGUACUGGUGACUUCCACGUCAUUAACGGUGUACUUAGAACUGCACAUUCACUGUUUAAAAAGUAUAGGUAUGAAUUCAAGUCGCAGAAGCUAUGGGAGGAGAUCAAACACGUCUUGGAUAACAUUGCAAAGCCUCUUACAGAUUUAUUUGUGGCCACAAUAGACCUAACAACAAAACACGCGAACAAUCAACAAGCCUUGCGAAUAAUCUAUGGUUCACUAGUGUUGAUUUGCAAAGUUUUCUAUUCUCUUAACUAUCAAGAUCUACCAGAAUUCUUUGAAGAUAAUAUGCCCAUUUGGAUGCCAAACCUACUUAAUUUAUUGCAAGUUAAAGUGCCCUGUCUGGAAACAGAUGAUGAAGACAAUAAGCCUGGAGUUAUGGAGCAGCUUCGAACCGAAGUAUGUGAAUGUGCGGCUUUGUAUGCACUAAAGUACGAAGAAGAAUUUGCCCCGCAUGCGCCAUCUUUUGUCACAGCCGUGUGGACAGUUUUGUUGGCUACUGGCCCACAGGCAAAAUAUGACGCGUUGGUGUCGAAUGCCCUAACUUUCCUUGCAAAGGUAGCUGAAAAGAAUAGCUACAAGAACUUAUUUGAGGACCCGGGAACACUAAGCAGCAUUUGCGAAAAAGUUGUCAUACCAAACAUGGAGUUUAGAGAAUCGGAUAUGGAGUUGUUCGAGGAUAACCCGGAGGAGUAUGUAAGGCGUGAUAUGGAAGGCUCGGACGUAGAUACACGUAGACGAGCCGCCUGCGACCUUGUUAAGACUCUUGCGCAGCAUUAUGAAGACAAGAUGAUGAAUAUCUUUGGGCAGUAUGUGCAGGUGAUGCUGGCAAAAUACCAAGAAUGCGGUGGUGCGGCGUGGCGCGGCAAGGACGCGGCGCUGUUCCUGGUGACGUCGCUGGUGGCGCGCGGCGGCACGCAAGCGGCCGGCGUCACGCGCGCCUCUCCGCUCGUCGACCUGGCCAGCUUCGCCGCGCACCACAUCCUGCCCGAGCUACAACGGGCACCUGUGACGGAGUUACCUGUGUUAAAGGCAGAUGCUAUCAAAUACAUCAUGACGUUCCGCUCUCUGCUGCCAAAAGAUGUUAUCAACACUGCCUUGCCGCUGCUGAUUGAGCACAUAUCCGGGCGCGGUGUGGUUUGCACGUACGCCGCUUGUACUGUAGAAAAACUUAUAGCGGGUGGCAUGGUCCCUAAAGCUGUGCUGCAACCACACGCACCGAAGUUGCUCGGUGCUCUGUUUGCUGCAUUGGGGGAGAAUGCGGAUCCUGCAGACCAUAAUGAAUAUGUUAUGAAAGCAAUCUUACGAACGCUGUCAUGUCUGCAAGACGCAGCGUUACCAUACUUGGGAGACGCGCUACCCAAAUUGGCGCUGAUGUUGUCCGUUGUCGCGAAGAAUCCAUGCAAGCCUCACUUCAAUCACUAUUUGUUUGAAACACUUUCAUUGGCUGUAUCAUUAGUGACAAAGUCAAAUCCAAAUGCUAUCUCAGCAUUCGAAGACGCCCUCUUCCCAAUAUUCCAAGAAAUUCUUCAGAAUGAUGUUCAAGAAUUCAUGCCGUACGUGUUCCAAAUGCUAUCGCUGCUGCUGGAGUUGCGCGGAUCGACGAGCGGGUCGUCGAGCAGCUCGGCAAGCGGCGACGGGGACGCUUACGGCGCACUGCUGCCGUGCCUGGUGGCGCCGCCGCUGUGGGAGCGGCCCGCCAACGUGCGCCCGCUCGUGCGCCUGCUGUGCGCCUUCGUGGCGGUGCGCACCGACCUCGUGCUGCGCUCCGGCAAGUUGAAUGCAAUGUUAGGCGUAUUCCAAAAGUUGAUUGCUUCCAAGACAAACGACCAUGAAGGAUUUUACCUUGUGCAGACAAUGCUCUAUAAAUUUGGAAACUCGGUAAUGCAGCCGUAUACGAAACAAAUUAUAACGCUACUCUUCCAAAGGCUGUCUUCGUCGAAGACCACGAAGUACGUGCGAGGCCUUAUCGCGUUCCUCGGUUUUUAUGCCGCACAUUUCGGGGCAGACGAGCUUGUCGAUCUUGUUGACUCCGUACAGAGCAAUAUGUUCGCGAUGUACACGGAGCGCGUGCUGAUCGCGGAGCUGCAGCGCGUUAGCGGCGCGCACGAGCGGCGUGCGGCGGCGGUGGGCUGCGUGCGGCUGCUGUGUGACUGCGCGCACUUCCGCCACGGCGCGCUCGCGCCGCUGUGGCCGCGCCUGCUGCAGGCGCUGAUAUCUCUGUUCGAGUUGCCCGCAGACGAGUCUUCGUUGCCGGAUGAUCACUUCGUGGAGGUGGACGACACGCCCGGGUACCAAGCACAAUACGCACAGUUGACUUGUGCCCGUGGAGUCACCGAUGACCCGCUUGCUGCCAUUGAAGAUCCCAAGCGCUACUUGGCAGAGAGUUUAGGCAACAUGUCUCGUCAGUGGCCGGAUUUGCUGCCUCCUAGAAUAGCCGCAUUGGAGCCUCCGCACCGACACGCCCUUCAGAUGUAUCUUAACACUUACAGCGUCCAGAUAUGUUGA